AUGAAGAAAAAAUUGGACACGCCCCUCGCUGCCUCCUCUCAGUUCUCCACACCCACACACUUCACAUACCUUAUCCCUUCCACUGUCUCACCACCGCUCUCAGGGAAAAAGCCGCCGCCACCGUCCUCGGUGCUCCUGGCAGUUAGGGCGAAGGAGUCCCUAGGCAUGCUGCUGCUGCGCCAACGCCUCCGGCAUCCGCACCGUCGUGGGCAACGCCAAAUACAACGCCGGUGCCGCAUAUACGCGCGCGCACCGGUUGCCGCCUCGGCCUCGGUGCGCCCGGCCGCGGAGGAGGGGGAGGAGCAGGAGCAGUGGCGCAGGAGCCGACAACGUAGACGGAGGGAGAGGAGUAGCGCGAGGGGCGCAGACGGAGGGGUCGCCGGGGACGUUUGGCGUGCCACCACACAACGGUCCCGGGCCGCCGCGGGGAGGCAGAGAAGCGACACGGGAGAAAAGCAAGAGGAUCAAUCAAAUGGAUCACACUGGCCCAUGUUGGCAAAUAAGCAUGCACCUGUGGAGCAGUUCAUCGGCGUUGUGACGUCGUCGUACACGCAGUGCGGCGAUGGCGCGGGACAGUCUUGGGUGGUGGCGGCAUGUAAAAGCCUCAUGAAGUUCAGACAAUCUGGGCGACAUCUUUGUUGGUGAAGAGCUCGGACGUGAAUGGCGCAGGGCAGGUCAGCUCGUCGCACCCGUCGUCGGGUCCAUCGUCGGCUGCGCAGGGCAGCGAUGGCACAGGUCAACCUGGACGCCUGGAUGGCAACAAAGUUCAGACAGUCUGGGUGGUACCUGUAUUGACGAAGAGCUCGUCGUUGCGGCCGUCAUCUGGUGCCUUGCCGUCUGCGCAGGGCAGCGAUGGCGCAGGUAAACCUGGACGUCUGGAUGACAAUAGAGUUCAGCUAGUCUGGGCGCUGCACCUGUGUCGCCGAAGAGCUUGUCGUUGCCGUCGUGGUCAGGUGCCUCUCCGGCUGCCCAGGGCAGCGAUGCCACGGGUUAACCUGUACGCCUGGAUGGCAACGUGGAACGGUGGAACGACGGCGGCGGGGGGGGGGGGGGAAUAAAUUGGUUGCCGCUAAUUUAGCAACUUUCUUUCUGUAUUGUUGAACAAUGCAUGCGGAACGGACGUGUGGUUUCCUUUUGCGAUUGUUUUUUUUCUCUCCAUAUAAAUUGGACGUGGGUUAUUUGAUUGUUUC